AUGUCUCUUUUCUCUCAUGCAUUGUUUGUGCUUCUCUUCUUAUCCCUCUUUGUCAGUUUUGGUGUAUCGUUUCUCCCUCUUUCUUUCUUAUUGUAUGUUACACUUUUUCUCUCACAUUAUAUAUUGCUCUUAUCUUCCUCUCUCUCACUGAUUGAAUAUCGCACUUUUCUCUCUAUCAUGUUGCUCUUAUCUUAUUCUCUCUCGUUGCUCUUGUUUUACAAUCUCUCUCUGUCUCUCUCAGUGUCAUUGCAUGUUAGUCUUGGUUCUCUGUUGUGUGUCACUCAUUUCAUUUUCUCGCUCACUCUCUCUGUUGCUACAUGUUGCUUUUACUUCUCUCACUGUCAUUGUGUCUCUUGCUUCACUCUCUCUCUUUUUGUCAUUACGUAUCAUUAUUGUUUCUCUUUCUCUGUCACUCUUGUUUCUUUCUCUGUCACUCUUGUUUCUUUCUCUGUCACUCUUGUUUCUUUCUCUCUGUCACUCUCCGUCACUCUUGUUUCUCUCUCUCUCUCACACUCUCCGUCACUCUUGUUUCUCUCUCUCUCACACUCUCCGUCACUCUUGUUUCUCUCACACUCUCCGUCACUCUUGUUUCUCUCACACUCUCCGUCACUCUUGUUUCUCUCUCACUCUCCGUCACUCUUGUUUCUCUCUCUUGUGCUGUCAUUAGGUGUUGCUUUUGUUUCCUCUCUGCUGUUGCAUGUCGCAACUAAUCUCCAUCUGUUUUUUUACCCACCACCAUCAUUGUUUUGUGCAUUUCUUUCUCUUGUAUAUUUUCUUACCCUCACUUCUCAUAUUUUGCUUUUCAUCAUGCUUUCUUUAGUUCUUUGCUUUUUUUCUUCUCUCUUUCUGCCAAAUUCUCUCUUUUUGCAUUCUUUACAUUCAUUGUCCAUCUUCUUUUCCUGCUUCUGUUGUUUUAUACUUCAUUGGCUGAGUUUGUGA